UCAUUAGCAAACCAUCCCAUGACAAUGGAUCGUGAAGAGAAGAACGUUAAGAAAAGAAAAUAUAGUGAGGAUUUUUUACAGUAUGGUUUUACCUCAAUAAUUACAGCAGGAAUUGAGAAACCGCAAUGUGUUAUUUGUUGUGAAGUUCUAUCAGCCGAAUCCAUGAAGCCGAACAAACUAAAACGCCAUUUUGAUAGCAAGCAUCUGAGCUUUGCCGGCAAGGAUACCAACUAUUUUAGAAGCAAAGCUGAUGGACUCAAGAAAGCCAGACUUGACACUGGUGGCAAGUACCACAAACAAAACGUAGCAGCCGUUGAAGCUUCAUAUUUGGUGGCACUCAGAAUCACCAGAGCUAUGAAACCUCGCACCAUUGCUGAGGAUUUGCUGUUGCCAGCGGCCAAAGACAUUGUUCGAGUUAUGAUCGGAGACGAAUUUGUUACGAAAUUGAGUGCAAUUUCCUUAUCUAACGACACUGUCCGCAGAAGAAUAGAUGACAUGUCUGCUGAUAUUCUUGAUCAGGUAAUCCAGGAAAUUAAACCUGCUCCACUUCCAAUAUUUAGAAUCCAGCUUGAUGAAUCUACAGACGUUGCAAACUGUUCACAGUUACUGGUUUAUAUAAGGUAUAUUAAUGAUGGCGACUUUAAAGAUGAGUUUCUUUUUUGCAAACCUCUUGAAACGACAGCUACUACACGUGAUGUAUUUGACACAGUUGGUUCAUUUCUGAAAGAGCAUAAGAUCUCUUGGGAAAAGAAUAAUCAGAUGAACAUUUUUGGUCUUGGUUUAAAAGAGAUUCAGACUGUCCUAAAGGAUGAAUGUGAUGUCUGA